CACAGGCUCUCAGCGGCGCCACCCGGUUCCUCAAAAUCUCUCCCAUCCCAUCCGCAAUUUGAUGAUGUUUGAGCUUCUUUGAGCUUCUAAAACCGAUGACAGUUUUUUAUUAAACCAACAAAUGCCCCAGGAGUGAGCGGACUUCUGUAGAUCAACGAUAAAGCGGUCGAGGAAGGCGCGAACAUGUCGGCCAGCGCUGUUUAUGUGUUAGAUCUGAAGGGGAAGGUCCUGAUCUGCCGUAAUUACCGCGGGGAUGUGGACAUGUCUGAGAUUGAGCACUUUAUGAGCCUGCUGAUGGAUAAAGAAGAGGAGGGCACGCUCUCACCCAUCUUGGCUCACGGUGGAGUUCGUUUCAUGUGGAUUAAACACAACAACCUGUACCUUGUUGCAACAUCCAAAAAGAAUGCUUGCGUCUCCCUGGUUUUCUCCUUCCUCUACAAAAUUGUUCAGGUUUUCUCCGAGUACUUUAAGGAGCUGGAGGAGGAGAGUAUCAGAGAUAACUUUGUCAUUAUCUACGAGCUGCUGGAUGAACUCAUGGACUUUGGAUACCCUCAAACUACAGACAGCAAGAUCCUUCAGGAAUACAUCACUCAGGAAGGUCACAAGUUGGACACAGGAGCUCCACGACCCCCUGCGACUGUAACCAACGCCGUCUCCUGGAGGUCCGAGGGCAUCAAGUACAGGAAGAACGAGGUUUUCCUGGACGUCAUCGAGUCUGUCAACCUCCUGGUCAGUGCGAAUGGUAACGUCCUUCGCAGUGAGAUCGUUGGCUCCAUUAAGAUGAGAGUGUUCCUCUCGGGAAUGCCAGAGCUGCGUUUGGGUCUGAAUGACAAGGUUCUGUUCGAGAACACUGGCCGUGGUAAGAGUAAAUCAGUGGAGUUGGAGGAUGUGAAGUUUCAUCAGUGUGUGCGUUUGUCUCGAUUUGAGAACGAUCGCACCAUCUCGUUCAUUCCUCCGGACGGAGAGUUUGAGCUGAUGUCCUACCGCCUCAACACGCAUGUGAAGCCGCUGAUCUGGAUCGAGUCUGUGAUUGAGAAGCAUUCGCACAGCAGAAUCGAGUACAUGAUCAAAGCCAAAUCUCAGUUUAAACGACGAUCCACUGCCAACAAUGUGGAGAUCCAUAUUCCCGUCCCGACCGACGCAGACUCGCCCAAGUUUAAGACCACAGUGGGCAGCGUGAAGUGGGUCCCGGAGAACAGCGAGAUUGUUUGGUCCAUCAAGUCUUUCCCUGGAGGUAAGGAGUACCUGAUGAGGGCUCAUUUCGGGCUUCCCAGCGUGGAGGCGGAGGACAAAGAGGGAAAACCACCGAUCAGUGUGAAGUUUGAGAUUCCCUAUUUCACCACUUCUGGAAUACAGGUGCGUUACCUGAAGAUCAUCGAGAAGAGCGGCUAUCAGGCGCUCCCGUGGGUUCGAUACAUCACCCAGAACGGAGACUAUCAGCUGCGGACUCAGUAAACGGGAGGAAUUGGUCCAGAGCAUCAUGGGUCAAGGAUGUGUGUGUCUCUCUCUCUUUCUCUCUUUCUCACACUCAUCUGCAGUAGUGCUUUUGGCUAGAUCUUAGGCUAGAUUUUGCCCAAAUUUUCCAGAGUACAAAGACCCUGAACAUCAGAAAAGGCAGAUAGAUGAAUCUUACGAAACACUCCAGAACAUUUGAAUCAUAUGAAUCUUUAUUUUUUUUAGUAUCGUUACAUUAUAAUCAUGAUAAUUAAUCACAUUCCCCUUCAAAUUCUAAUUGAUUCUUUUGAUUUUGUAUUGAAAUAUGAGCCUUUGAGAGGAUUCUGUACUGAAAUCAGUUCAGGGUCCGAAACUUCACAAACUGCAGAUGUGUGUGUUCAGUUCAGUUCUGUCGUGUCAUUUGACAGUUACCGGGAAUCAUGUUCAUGAAAACGCCGGGUUCACGUCACAUCUCGAGGCGGAAGCGUUCAUACGCGUUACAUUUCAGAGGACGAUGUUUCCAUACUGUGGUUAUUUAUCCGUUGAAUGUUGCACAUUACAGUGUUCAAGUCCAAAAAGGUCAACUGAAUAGAAAUAUUAUAGUCUGUAAAUGCAAAUUGAACCGUUUUACAUGAGCCAAUCCAGUAGUGAGUUUUUGGGGAUGUCCUUUUGUCAGUAUUUUUGUUAUUUUCUAGUGUAGUAUUCAUGUGCUCAUGGUUCAGUAUUAUUGGUUACGGUAGCGGCUGCUCUGGGAUCUGUUCACAGUACCUCAUGUGAGUUUACUACGCAGAAUUAAAACUAUUCAACGCGACUCGAAUCUAAAAUCAACCAUCGUGCCAUUUUGAAAGUAGAAGAAUAGUUGUUUUCUUUUGUAUUACUAAUUUGAUUAUUUGUCCAGUUCAUUUCAUUUGCCUUUGAAGGAUUGAAUGUGAAGGUUACCAUGUUUACUAUGGUACUGCAUGCAGUGUAUCUGAAAUGUGACAGUUGCAUUCCUCUCAGAAUCGUCCUGUAUCUCAUUUAAAUUAUUCACCUGUCUGUACACGUCAAGCAUCAUAAAGUACCUGUUUAGAAAACCUG